GAUAAGCAGAACUUUAUGAUUUUUUGAAAGCAAUACAAUGAAUACAUAUAAUAUUUAUAGCGGCCCGGUACGUUCUUCGCUACGUAUAAAGUGAAAUAUUAAAUCAAACUCAUUUAUAAAAAAAAUAUAUUUCAUUAUUUGCUAGCUAUCCAAAACAUUUGGAUAAACAAUAUGUUUUGUUUUUCCAUUUUGAGCAUGAAUAAACAAACGGCUGGGGGUACCGACUCUGGAACAGGCAACAUAAAGUUGGCCAUGUGAAAAACAUGAUUCCUCCAAGUUCACACCACAAACGUUAAGUGUUUGCCCUUGAGCUUUGUUGAUGGACAUCGCAAAUGAUAAACGCACAGGAUAUUGCAAUCGUUUGAAUUCAAAUGGCAUAUCAGUUGGAAUCAUAGGGAUACGCGGUAUUAAACAAACUUCUCCUUUUGAUUUACCAGUUAAGAUCGUAGCUUCAAUCAAAUUUGGCAAUACAUUUUUCACUGCCAAUCUGGUGCCAUUACACAGUUUUGGUGGAUUAAUAUUUCGCAAUAAUGUAAUCAAAGAACCCACUUUCAGAUUCAAGCAAUGCGGUGGCAUACCAGCCGGUUCUAGUGAAUUUAAAAAUUCAGUUGGAUGAUUCAUUGCCUCAUCUUGAUUCAUAGCACUGUCAAUUGAUUUAUGUGUCGUGACUACGCCUGGGCGUUUUGCUUGAAUGUGAAAAUUAAUGGCAUUGAUAUGAAUGUUCUUCGGUGCUAAAAUGGCGCGUUCUCUCAACCAAUCAUGGUUUCUGUAAUUCUGAAGAAUAUUUGGAAAAACACAUUCAAUCAAUUCGGGUUGGGUACGAAAUGCUGUACUAUACAAUAUUCUGUUUACAAAAUCCUGUAUGCGAAAUUCUGUAUUUAAAAAUUCUGUAUUAUAAAAUUCUGUAUCUAAAAUUAUGUAUUUCAAAAUUCGGUAAAAAAUAUUCUGUACUGACGAAAUUCUGUAUUGACAACAUUCUGUAUUUACGUAAUUCUGUAAAUAAAUGAUAAGAAAUACAAAAAAUUUUAUAAAAAAGCACAAAAGUGCUUUUAUUUACAAAAUUACGUAAAUACAGAAUAACCUACCUGGUUUUGUUUGAAUUUCUAAUUAACUCUGCUUUGCUUUUACUUCUUUUUAAUUGAUUUCAUUGUCGUAAGAAUUGUGAAAGCAACGUGUCGUAUUUGCUCAAUAUUUUUUCAUUAAAAUAUGUAUUCGUUAUGUCACAAAUACAAAUUAUAACUUCCAAUAAAGGAGGAAAGAAAUUGUUCUUAAACGGCUAUUUUUAUUAUUUUGAAAGAAAGACUCAAAUGGAAACUUGUAAUUGGGCGUGUUCUAAAAGAUUAAAAUAUAAGUGCAAGUCCAGAAUUGUAACAAAGGUGUUGGCGAACAAUCACGUUAUUGUUAAACAACCCGCGGACCAUUGCCACGAACCAGCUCCCAAUGAGUUACCAAUUGCAACAAUUAAUAAUAAAGUAAAGCGCAUGGCUCGGAGAAGUCACUUAGCGCCAAGUCAGAUAAUACAAAGAGCUACAGUGGAAGCAGAGCAGAGCUGUCGGGACUAUUUACCAUCCCGGAAUGCCCAAAAAGCUAGAAUUCGAAGAUCAAGGCAGGAAGCACCUCGUUUUCGAGAACCACAAACUUUGGAGGACAUAGAUAUUCCUUUAAAUUUAUAUACUCUGGAAGGAGAAUUAUUUGUAUUGGUGGAAAAGUUCACAGAGAGGAAUGAAUGUGUAAUUAUUUGUGGUACGAAGUCGUGUUUAAAGUUUCUGAGUCAGAGUUCUUGCUGGAUUGUGGACGGAACAUUUUACGUUGCCCCGAAAAUAAUGAGACAGCUCUUUACAAUUCAUGGCAUAGUGGAAGGUGAAACAUUCCCCCUCGUGUUUUGCCUUAUGAGCCACAAGUCCAAAGAACUAUACGAGGUUUUAUUUGAAGAAUUGUUCCGAAUCGCAUCCGAGUACGGCGAAAAUCUUCAACCAGAAAGAAUUAUCAGCGAUUUUGAAGUUGGACUGAUAUCGGCGCUAAGAAAUUCUUUCCCGGGCACAGAUUUGCGUGGCUGCUUUUUCCACUUCAGUCAAAUAAUCUGGAGAAAAGUUCAAAAAGAAAGACUGGUUAAAAAAUAUGGAAAUUAUGAGAACUUUUCGUUGCAAGUUCGAAUGCUGAAAAGCCUAGCUUUUGUUCCUCCCGAUGAAAUCUCGGAAUACUACAACAGUCUUUGUAGUAUUUUAGAUGAUUAUGACAUGCUGAGACUCGCAAAUUGGUUUGAAAGGAACUACAUUGGUAAAUUUGAUGCACCACCAAAACAUCAGCCGACAUUUUGGUCAGUGCAUAGGAAUGUAGAAACGAGUCAGUUUCCUAGAACUCAAAAUAGUGUAGAGGCUUGGCACCGACGACUUAAUGUCAUUGUAGGGAAAAAAAAUUGCGGUAUUUAUCAACUUAUAGCUAACUUGAAAGCAGAGAUGAUUUAUGUGAAAUCGCAAAUAUCAAGAGUAGAAAAUGGAGAAGUUUUUCCAAAAAAGUUAAGAUCAAUUAGAUCUAACAAACAAAUUAAAAGAAUAAUAAAAAAAGAGUAAUUAUUGGAAAAGUAUCUUUUUUGAAAAGAAUAGCAAAAAAUAUUUGUUUUUAAUCUAAUUAUAUAUGUACUACUUUUCCGUACUUGAAAUACUCAUUUCUAAUUUUUUGCAUACAUAUGUACUUAACGUUUGAAUUAAUAUUGAAGUCUUUUGUUUGUUGAAUUGUUAUUUUGGACUUAAAAUUCUAAUUUAUCUUUCUUUGUAUAAAUAUCACUUGGCACAUGAAAUUAUCAAAUA